AUGGAGCUGUCCGGCCCCGGCGAGGGGGAAGGCGCCUGGAAAACGUUCUUCUUCUCCCUGGCCGGCCCGAGCGGGGAACAGCACUCCCAGGAUGCAGUUUGUGUCAACACGGCCGAAUCCUUUGCUCUUGAAGCCAGGACUGGCCUGGAGACUCAGAACAUCUCAGGGGAAGCAUCUGGGAGGGGACUUUGUCGUCUUGGGUUAACAAACUUGCCUGCUUUGGAAUCGCCUGAGCAGCUUAAGACAACUGAUGACGCCCAAACCGCAUCCCUGAGCGUGGUCUUGGGGGUGAGAGACAAGGCUCCAGUUGUUUCUUUAGGCUCCGCUCAAGAAUGGGACAUGGAUGCCAGGCGACCAAUGCCUUUUCAGUUCCCGCCCUUCCCAGAUAGGGCCCCCGUCUUUCCUGACCGUAUGAUGCGUGAACCCCAGUUGCCCACAGCAGAGAUCUCACUCUGGACUGUGGUGGCUGCCAUUCAGGCUGUAGAGAGGAAGGUGGACGCCCAGGCCAGUCAGUUGCUGAACCUGGAAGGACGGACAGGAACAGCAGAGAAGAAGCUAGCUGAUUGCGAGAAGACAGCUGUGGAGUUUGGUAACCACAUGGAGAGCAAGUGGGCUGUGCUGGGGACCUUGCUGCAGGAGUACGGGCUGCUGCAGCGGAGGCUGGAGAACCUGGAGAACCUGCUUCGCAACAGGAACUUCUGGGUCUUGAGGCUGCCCCCUGGCAGCAAGGGGGAGGCCCCCAAGGUCCCAGUGACCUUCGUCGACAUUGCUGUCUACUUCUCUGAGGAUGAGUGGAAGAACUUGGACGAAUGGCAGAAGGAGCUCUACAGCAAUCUGGUGAAGGAGAACUACAAAACCCUGAUGUCCCUGGACUCGGAUGGCCCGGUGUCCAAGCCAGAUGCUCCAGUUCAGGCAGAACCCAGGGAAGAGCCUUGUGUGUGGGAACAGCAUCACCCUGAAGAGAGAGAAAUCCCAGUGGCUGCAGACACAG